AUGAAAGCCGUGUUGGCGGUCAAGAAGGGUAUGCAAACAGACAUUUGUGGCUUUAUACUGAGCAUAACUCGAGCUUUUCGUUCAAUACUCACUCGUAACUCUCCUCAAGGUCUGCCAACCGAGAGCGAAUUCACAGUCGCGAUGCUGAAAGCGGGGGUCGCCGACACCACAAGCGACGACGCAAUGCUUUCUCGACAUGGCGAAAACCAAGCUCAGGCGCCAAUUCAUGUGCUCCCCACAGAGAUUCUGGCCGAGAUCUUCUUGGAAGUUUGCGUCAACGACAUUCCGCAGGAGCAGUACUCUUUCUUUGAAUGCAGCCAGGUUUGCGUUCGUUGGCGCCAAGUCGCACUCGAAACUCCCAAUCUCUGGUCCAAGAUCAACUUUACCACGUCGAAAUUAGUGGCGAUAUGCGUCCGGCGGUCUAAAUCCAGCCCACUAUUCGUUGAAUGUCGUUUAAUCCACUAUUUCGUCAUCCAACAACCAACCAUGCCUCAACGCGUUGGUGCCGUCUUGGAGCUUGCAAGAGACCGCAUCAAGGAAAUAUGUCUCUACAGCCGCACUCAACAUAAUUCGCUGUUGCAAGCGCUACAUGGCGGGUUUCCGAUGCUGACCAAAAUGUCCAUCAGCGGGGGGAUCUUCCCAAACUCCUCCUCCGUUGGCACUGAACGCGAUUUGCUGUACCCAACUCUUCAUUUUCUUGAUCUCAAUGGUCCGAUAUACCUUCUUUACCACACGGGCUGCAAGCUGCGCACUUUGAAACUCGUUUGCAAUCUCACUUCUGCACUCCUCGAUGCUCUAUCGACCCUCACCCAGUUGGAAAGUCUUACAAUCCGUCUGAUACCUAUAACCCAAUCAUCACUCGCCCUUCCGUCAAUCCCCCCGCCCCUCCCCAAUGUUCAUACCAUCUUCAUCAAUGGCCCGGACCAUUUCUGCGCUUGGAUUGCCUGUGCAUUCUCACUUCCCAAACUUGUCAGGUGCACCGUCCAGUACUGGUCGUUGCUACAUGCAUCUCAAAGUGAUCUUGAUUUGGUACUCAGAACACACUUUCCCCUACAUGCACGAGGAACAGCUCUUCGUUUCCGCCGUACCUUGGCGGCACGCCAUACCGGAGAAGACGGUGAUAUCAGCCUCUACUUCCCGGAGAAUAACGCUUCGACGGGCGGACGCGAGCUCAUAUUGUCUUGGCACGAACACAUGUUUCCGCCCUCAAUUUCCACAUUUUCCCGCAUCCUUCCAUUGGAAUUCACGGAAAAUAGUGGAACUAUUAACCAGGAUGUGUCGCUUUCUCGGGUCUGGCGCUCGGUCGGAACGUUGUACCUCGACAACUGGGUCUUGGCCUCUGAAGCCGAUCGCGAAAUCUCGCUUUGGAUGGAUAUAUUGUGGUCAUUGCCGGCGCUGCAUUGCAUCAAGCUCAGAGGGUAUACGGAGGGAGAAGUCGAUGACUGGAAGGAGCUCGUGGCUGGCAUUCCUGGGGGAGAUAAUAUCACUUGGGAAAUAACCACAGCGGAAUACCAGUGGGGAGACGAGUACUUAAACGAGACCUUGUGA